AUGGAAUGGAAAGCUGAGAGCGCGAACUGUGAAGGUUGUACCCUGGCUAAUAAAGAGGAUGACGAGAAGGUGGAGGUGGAAGAUUUGGAGGAGUACGGAGUAGUAAGAGCAAUCUACAGGAGGAUUGAUUGCCAUAAUGACUCUGUUCUGCUGCAAAGUGACCUGGAUUCUGUCUCGGGGUGGUGCACGGAUAACGGCCUCGAUCUCAAUGUUGGCAAAUGUGAGAUGGCAGCCGCGAAUGCUGUGGUGGCGAGCUUGGCAGUGUUGUGGCUAUCCGCAGCGGGUGCAGGGGCGACCAAGGUGCAGCGCAUCCCCUCCAGGGAGUGUGUGCCGAUCCGCACCAAUGAGAGCAUCUAUGACUUUGUGGCCCAAGACCUCUGGAAGACUCGCAACAUUAGUCUGUCCGAUUACAGGGGAAAGUUUCGCCUUGAUGUAGAAUAUUUUGCUGAAGGUUUGAAUGCACUACAAACCACCUAUGGUAAUGACAUCGCAGUCCUUGGCUUCCCUUGCAAUCAGUUUGGAUAUCAAGAGCCUGGUGCCAACGCUACCGAAAUUUGGAAUGGAGUCACCAUGGUACGUCCCGGAAAUGGAUUUGUCCCUAACUUCCAACUCUUUUCAAAAAUUGACACGAACGGUCACAAAGAGCAUCCACUCUACACCUUCCUCAAGAAAUACUGUCCACCCACACGAGAUGGCUAUGCUGAUACGAAGGACUUGUUCUACGAGCCGAUAAAGAACUGGGACAUCAGAUGGAAUUUUGAAAAAUUCUUGAUUAACAGAGAAGGAAAACCAAUUAUGCGCUAUGAUGGUAGCGGUGAGCCCAGCUUGAUAGGAGACCACAUACAGCGGAAAAUUUUACGCAAUGAAUUUUAAAUUUAUUGUUAAUAUAAUGAUUAACUUAUUACCAUCGUGUAGAACAUAAUCAUGGAACUACAUGAAUACUUCUAUAAAUGGAUCAUCAAAACAGCUCAACUGAUUGACGCUUUUGAAUGAAAAUCCUUGAAUAACUGGAAAUAUUGAUUCACUAAUCUGAUUAAUUCAUUAUUCAGUUGUAAAAAGCAAUUCUAUAACUAACCUCAGGUCUCUUGAAAAAAUUUAUUGAAGUUAUAAUUCUUUUAAAAUUCAAACCUCACUUCCUAUUCACAAAACAAUUAGAGAAUGUUGGGAUCAUUAUUGAUUUCAUGAAGUGAUCAGAAUUUAGUAUUGUAUAACCAGCACAAUUUGUACCUGUCACAUUCUCUCUUCUAGAAUUAUUUGAUAAUUUUCUGUAAGUCUUAGCUACUUGAUGAUAUAUAAUUAUGAGUUUCAUGAGUGUUUGUGUGAUACAAUUGAAAAUAUUAUCAAUUCAAUUUUACUAUCAAUACAUCAAUGUUUUAUGAGAAAAUAUGAAAUAAAAAAGAGCGUUACCAAUCGAACGAAUUGUUUAGAAAUUCAAGCGAAAAAUUGAAUAAAUGGAGUGAAUUGAUUUCAUUUUAUCAGAAUCAUAUAGCAAAUAAAAUGAAACUUCAAAUAUUGUAACACAGUAUGGAUAUUAGGCCUAUAAGUAGUAUAAAACUACCACACCAAGAAUGAGUUGAAAAUCCACUUUUAGUAGUUUCAUUGUAAUGAGAUAAUACUAAGUUCAAGCAAUUUUUUUUCUUAGUAAUAUAAACAGAACAAUAAUUUAAAAUUAUUCUACAAGUGAGUGAAAUUAAGAAUAUAAUUCGUUCAAACUAUGAUGGAGCCACCGUAAACCUUAUAACGUAAGGGGGGUGAUUCUUGAUGUAUCCAAACUCUAGAAUUCUUUAGUGCAUUCAGAUUCCAGAUACUUUGGAUUACUUGAGAGGGUUAUAUUCUGGUUAUCACUCCUUGAAAAUGUCUCAGAAUAUAACAAAAUGUUAAUUUCAUUUUCCUAUGGAGAACUGUUUCUAAUAAUCUAGUAAUAUGUUUAAUAAUUCACUUCUACUAAUCAAUAAAUGUUGUUGUUUGAUAGGAAUACUCAAUUACAUUAUAUUGUAAAAAAAUAAAUUGCAGUACUAUUAAUUA